GGGCGCUUCCGGUGCCCGCGGGCCGCCGUUGUCAGGGGUAACGGGCGCCAUCCUCGGAGCCGCCCUCCGGUCCGGAGCCCCCCUCUCGUCCAAGUCCAGCCCACAGCGGUCCCGAUCGUCUCCGCAGCUCUGACGCCGGCCCCGCCAUGGCCCUCUACUUCGACCACCGGAUCCAGCCCCCGGCCUGGGCGGGACCCCCCUCCCAGCUGACCUGGCACUCGCUGCAGCCGCUGCUGGCCGUGGCCUCCGUCACCGCCGCUUCAGGGGGCAGUGUGGAUCUGUACUCUGAGCAGGGGGAGCACCUUCGGGACACACACACGGAGAGGCCCUUCCGCGCGACGCGCCUGAGCUGGCACCCGACCCGGCCGAUCCUGGCCGUGGGCUGGGAGAGCGGAGAGCUGGUGAUACUCAACAAGCAGGACAAGGAGGAGCACGUGGCCCCGCCAACCCACACCGCCCACCUCACCGUCCUGGAGUGGAGCCCCAGCGGCAGCUGCCUUGUUUCGGGGGACCAGCUUGGUGUCCUGGUUCUUUGGAGGUUGGAUCAAAGGGGCCGGAUGCAAGGCACCCCUCUGUUGAAGCAGAAACUUGGCAAGCAGCUCACUCACUGCAUCUUUCGUCUUCCCCCUCCGGGCGAGGACCUGGUCCAGCUGGCGAAGGCGGCAGUAAGCGGUGACGAACGAGCCCUGGACAUGUUUAACUGGAAGAAAGGUGGCGUGGGCCGUCUCCUCAGACUGGGGCCCCAAGACGGACUCUCGUUCUUCAUCGGCUUAGUGGACGGGACGGUGCAUUACGUGGACGAGAAAGGCAAGACGAGCCGGGCCCUGUCGGCGGGCAGCACCCUCCAGAUGCUGCUGUACAUCGAGAAGAGGGAGAUGUUGGUGGUCGUCACCGAGAACCUGCUCCUGUCGCUCUACACCGUGUCCCUGGAGGGCGAAGCCGUGGAGACCUUGAAGGUGAAGUUGAGCGGGAAAACCGGGCACUCGGCUGACAUCACCCUGAUCGAAGGCAGCCUCCUGGUCACCGCCAUAGGCGAAACCGUCCUCAGGUUCUGGGAUUUGGAGCGCGGUGAGAAUUACGUGCUCUCUCCGGACGAGAAGCUUGGCUUUGAGGCGGGUGAGGGCAUCAACUGCGUCUCCUACUGCAGGGCCAAAGGUCUUCUGGCAGCUGGUACAAACAGAGGGAGAGUGGCUAUGUGGAAAAAAGUGGCAUUGGUCAAUCAGAGCACCCAAGCCUUGGAAGGCAAAGACCGGUGGGCUCUUCAAACCCCUACCGAGCUCGAGGGGAAUAUAACUCAGAUAAAGUGGGGCUCCCGGAAGAACCUGCUGGCCGCGAACAACCUGAGCUCCGUGGUGAUCCUCAGCGAACAGGCCAUGGCGUCCCACUUCCACCAACAAGUAGCAGUAGUCCAGGUGUCCCCCAGCCUCCUCAACGUGACCUUCCUCUUCUCCGGGGUCACCUACAGCCUCCGCACAGACAUGCACAUCAGUGGCACUUUUGCCACCAAGGAUGCCGUGGCAGUCUGGAACGGCAAGCAGGUCUCCAUCUUUGAGCCCUCUGGUGCCAUCUUGAGAAACGCAGGUACCUUCCCCUGUGAGUCUCCAGUGCUGGCAAUGCACGAAGAAAACGUUUACACCGUGGAGCCGAACCGGAUUCAAGUCCGCACCUGGCAGGGGACCGUCAAGCAGCUGCUGAUGUUCUCAGAGACGGAGGGCAACCCCUGCCUGCUGGACGUCUGUGGCAAUUUCCUGGCCGUAGGCACAGACACGGCUCACUUCAAAGUCUUCGAUCUGUCUCGCAGGGAGGCCAAAGUCCACUGCAACUGCAAGAGCCUGGCCGAGUUAGUUCCCAACAUGGGAACCAUCGCCUCCAUCAAGUGUAACGCCAACGGAAAUAAAAUCAGCGUCCUGAUUAGCAAGCCUGACAACAGUCUCGACUCGAAGAUUGGCUUCUACGACGUGGAAAUGGAUACCGUCCUUCUCUUCGAUUGCAAGACUGGCCAAACGAAUGCGGGCAAUAACUUCUCCUUCUCUGGGCAGGAGAAUAAGAAGCCCGGGAUCUCUGGGAAUCAGGGGCUCUUCAAUCACGUCCCAGUUAACCACUUCUGGGACCAGAGCGAGCCGAGGCUCUUCGUGUGUGAAGUCUCCCAGAAAGACCUGAAGCCCCAGCAGUCCCAGCAGCUUCAGCAGAUGGCUAAGAAGACGCAGCGGCCGAACAAGGACACUGACCUCCCGGCGGAUGUUUUGAUAAUAUCUUUCUUCAGCACCGAAGAGCACGGCCUCUUGCUUCAGGAGAGCUUCCCUCGGCCGGCCGCUUACCAGGCCCUGCUGGGCCUCGAGGUGCCACAUUAUUACUUCGCCAGGAAGCCAGGAGAGACGGAGAAAGAAGAACCGGCAGAUUCCGGAUCCUCACAGAUCCCCCCCAUGGUAGCCAGGAAACCCCUGCGAGACUUUAUCGGACUGGAAGGGUGCGACAAACCUACCCGGGACGCGAUGCUCAAUUUCAGUUUCUUCGUCACCAUCGGCGAUAUGGACGAGGCCUUCAAGUCCAUCAAGCUCAUCAAAAGUGAAGCCGUGUGGGAGAACAUGGCCCGCAUGUGUGUGAAGACCCAGCGGCUGGACGUGGCCAGGGUGUGCCUCGGGAACAUGGGCCAUGCCAGGGGCGCCAAGGCCCUGCGGGAGGCCGAGCAGGAGCCCGAGCUGGAAGCCAGAGUGGCCAUGCUGGCCAUCCAACUGGGCAUGCUGGAGGAAGCAGAGCAGCUGUACCUCAAGUGCCAGCGCUACGACCUGCUGAACAAGUUCUACCAGGCCUCGGACCAGUGGCAGCGGGCCAUGGGCAUCGCCGAGAAGCACGACCGCGUGCACCUGCGCACCACCUACUAUAAUUACGCCAAGCACCUCGAGGCUACCGACAACUGCAGCCUCGCCCUGAUCUACUACGAGAAGUCCGACACCCACCGCUUCGAGGUGCCGCGGAUGCUCGCCGAGGACCUCCAAGCCCUAGAGCUUUACGUCAACAAGAAUCAGGAUAAGACCCUGUGGAAGUGGUGGGCCCAGUACCUGGAGAGCCAGGCCGACAUGGACUCGGCCCUGCGCUACUACGAGUUGGCUCAGGACUACUUCUCCCUAGUCCGCAUCUACUGCUUCCAGGGCAACAUCCAGAAGGCCGCGGAGAUCGCCAACGAGACGGGAAACUGGGCGGCGUCGUACCACCUGGCCCGCCAGUACGAGAGCCAGGAGGAGAUCAAACAGGCGGUGCACUUCUACACCCGGGCCCAGGCUUUUAACAACGCCAUCCGCCUCUGCAAGGAGAAUGGUCUGGAUGACCAGCUGAUGAACCUGGCUCUGAUGAGUUCCCCCGAGGACAUGAUCGAGGCGGCCCGCUACUACGAGGAGAAGGGGGAGCUGAUGGACCGUGCCGUCAUGCUUUACCACAAGGCCGGCCACUUCUCCAAGGCCCUGGAACUGGCCUUCGCCACGCAGCAGUUUGUGGCCCUGCAGCUCAUCGCCGAGGACUUGGACGAGAAGUCGGACCCGGCCCUGCUGGCCCGCUGCUCCGACUUCUUCAUCCAGCACGGCCAGUUCCAGAAGGCCGUGGAGCUGCUGCUCGUCGCCAAGAAGUACCACGAGGCCCUGCAGCUGUGCCUGGAGCAGAACAUGACCAUCACGGAGGAGAUGGCCGAGAAGAUGACCGUCUCCAAGGCCUCCGAGGACCUGCCCGAGGAGGCGCGGCGUGACCUGCUGGACCAGAUCGCCAACUGCUGCAUGCGCCAGGGGAGCUAUCAUCUGGCCACCAAGAAGUACACACAGGCGGGGAACAAAGUCAAGGCCAUGAGAGCCCUCCUCAAGUCUGGGGACACGGAGAAAAUUGUGUUUUUUGCUGGAGUUUCCAAGCAGAAGGAAAUUUACAUCAUGGCGGCCAACUACCUGCAGUCCCUGGACUGGCGCAAGGAGCCGGAGAUCAUGAAGAACAUCAUUAGCUUCUACACCAAAGGGAGGGCCCUGGACCUCCUGGCCGGCUUCUACGAUGCCUGCGCUCAGGUGGAGAUCGACGAAUAUCAGAACUAUGAGAAGGCCCACGGCGCGCUGACGGAGGCCUACAAGUGUCUGGCCAAGGCGAAGGCCCAGAACCCCAUGGAGCAGGAGACCAAGCUGGCCCAGCUGCACGGCAAGCUGACCCUGGUGAAGAGAUUCAUCCAAGCACGGAGGAUCUGCUCCGAGGACCCCAAAGAGUCGGUCAGGCAGUGCGAGCUGCUCCUGGAGGAGCCCGAUGUGGACGACACCAUCCGCAUCGGGGACGUGUUCGGGUUUCUGGUGGAGCAGUACGCGGAGAUGGGCGAUUUCAAGAAGGCCCAUGGACACCUGGAGGAGAUGCGGCGGAGACUCCCGUCGGCCAACCUGCCGUACUACGUGAACCAGCAGACAGUGGAUGCGGUGCACCGCAGCUUGGGCCUCCCCCUGGGCCGCAGCGGCGUCUCCGAGCGGCUGCGCCACAACAGCGUGGAGGACGGAGGCAGGGAGGCAGCGGCGGCUGACGACGAUGAUGUGGUGGAGGAGGUGGAGGACGAUGACGACCUCUGACUGCCCCCCGGCAGAUGCCUGCCGGCCACCUGGGGGGCUCCUCCCGCACACCCCACUGAACCACCAGGGACGGACCCAGGGCUCACCACCUGGGUGGGGAAAGGGGGGAAAUUGUGGGCUGACAGGUCUAAUUCCCCCAUUUUGGAAAGAAUAUUGCUGAUAUUUGGCAUUAAAGGUUUGUUAA